AUGCAGUUUGUUCUGCUGCUCCACUUGUGCCUCUUGGGACUUGGCCUGUCUGGGGCCAGGCCUGGUAGGAAGUUUCUGAUGAUGUUUCCUCCUCAUAAUGACCCAAAAGCAAAUGUUAACCAUCGAGUAACCAUCACAGCCACUGGUGUUUGGACCUCAGUCACUGUGAAGGUUCUAGAAAGUGACUUCACACAACACAUCUUCCUCUCUGCUAGCCAGUCAAAGACCAUUCACCUGCCACUGUCUGUGGGAAUGGCCAGCGAUCACUCCUCCUACCUCCUCAGUGUAAAGUCUGUAUGGCCUGUGACUGUCCUUGCGUCAUUCUGUACCCCCACUGGUUGUGACCACAGCCUGCUUCAUGAUGUAUCUUCCUGGGGGACCCACUACUAUCCCAUUACUCCUCACUUCCCUGACCAGACUGCUGUCAGCCAGAUGGUGAUCACGAGCUCAGACCGCGAGACAUCAGUGGAUAUCGUCCUCUCAGGGGAAGUGCACUUUAAAGGCAAUAUGUACCAAAAGGGUAGUGUCCUUAAGUUGCACAUAGGGGUGCUGCAGAGUGUUUACCUCCAGAGCAACUCCAGCUUCUCUGGCACAGACUUAGACUCCCAAGAGGCUGUAGGUGUCGUAGUUGGUUUCACCUGCUCCAAACACACACCUGGCAAUUGCUUGUAUGGAUUUGCUGAACUGAAACCAGUCUCUCACUGGAGUUUUGAUUACGUUAUCCCUCCCUUGGUAAACACAAGCAUGAGCUCCAGUUUCCUGUUGGCAAUGGCUACUAUCAGCUCUGACAUGGACAUCGCCAUGGGCACCAGGCGAAUGAAUGUCUCUCUUGUUGGUGGCGUUAUGAGGGUCAUCCCAGUUGUGACCUCAAAUAAAAUCCACAUUGCUAGUGACAGUCCUCUCCAACUUGUUUAUUUCAGAAAUGACGAUGCUCAGCGUCAUUCAACUCUAAUAGUGCUGCCAUCUAUUGAUGAUAUCUGUCAGACUGUGCCUAUGUUUGAUUCAGGUGAUAUGAGUGAGCAGCAAGGUAACAGCACUCAGACGGGAGAUUUGAAGUCUGGUGUUAUAUUAUCCCAGAUGUCCAACUUUGCUCAGCUGACUGAUAAUGCAGAGCCCAGUUCUCCUCACACAGACACAGAUGUGGGACACUAUCUGAGUACCAUGAACAAACAACUAUAUCCAGCAGUGUGUGACAAAACAGCAGCUACCUGUGAAGAGUUGCACUGUGGACACAAACGGAAGUGCUCUAUCAAAGAUGGAAAACCGAUCUGUUCUUUGAAAACUAAAAUAUGCUCUGCAUGGGGUGACUCUUAUUACCGCACCUUUGAUGGAAGAGAUUUUGUCCUACAGGGAAACUGUAACUACACUUUAGUUCAAACUGCCUGCCCAGGCUUAAAUGCUUCUGUUCCACUGCAGGUUAAUAUAGCCAGGGCAUAUUUAAACAGUGCUACCAUCUCCACCAUCCACAUGGUGCAGAUUAGCAUCCAGGGCUUUAAUAUCUCCAUAGUCAAAGAAGACAAAAAUCAUGUUAGGAUUAAUGGACAGAAGAGGAACCUGCCCCUCACCCUGGGAAAUGGCUCCCUGAACUUUUAUCCAAGUGGCUCCAGCGUCAUUUUAGACACUGCUUUCGGCCUGGCUCUGCAGUAUGACUGGAAGCACCAUCUCCAGGUCGAAGCUGGCCCAGAGCUCUAUGGAGUCCUGUGCGGUUUGUGUGGAAAUGCCAAUCACAGCUCCUCAGAUGGCAUAACGGCCUCUAAUGGCACUGAUGAGACCCACACUGUGGAUUUUACCCUCCCAUGGGUGGUGAACAGUGAUGCAGGCUCCUGUAUUGAGGAUUGCGGUGGUGGUGUCUCAUGUCCAGUGUGCACUCAAAGCCAAACCAAAUCUUUUCCAGGGAUUAAAGGCAACUCUAUCAUGAUAGGGUGCACUCUGCUGCAGAGGAGCGGUGGACCUUUUGCAGAUUGUCACUCAUAUAUUGAUCCUGACCCCUUUGUUCGUAGUUGUGUGAACGGCCUGUGCGUCAAUGAAGCUGCCUCUUCUAUGUGCAAGAUCUUGACGGCCUAUGCCAGCACCUGCCAAAGGAUCGGGGCCAGAGUGAAAAACUGGAGAGCCAUCAGCAAAUGCUUUAUGGCAUGUCCUAUAAACAGCCACUACGAGAUCUGUGGUUCUGCUUGCCCUGAUACCUGCAGUAACCCAGACGCCCAUCGUAAUUGCACCCUGCCCUGUGUGGAGUCAUGCCAAUGCAACCGGGGGUAUCUGCUGAGUGGUGGGAAGUGUGUACCACUUAGCAAGUGUGGUUGCCUUCACCAAGGUUCCUACUAUCUCCCCAAGGAGAACUUCUGGAUUGGUGAACAGUGCCAGGAGAAAUGUGUGUGCCAGCCCAACUCCAAGACAGUGAUGUGUGCUCAGUCUAAUUGCCCGGAUGGUAAAGUGUGCAAGGUUCUGAAUGGAGUCUUUGGCUGUCACGUGGAUGGGCCCGGGGUGUGCAUAGCCAAAGGAGAUCCUCAUUAUACCACCUUUGAUGGGCGUAACUUCGACAUCCAUGGCAACUGCACUUAUCUACUCACUUCUCACUGUCCCACCUGGGGGGACCUGGAAGACUUUAGUGUGGAGGCCCAGAACCAGAUAAGGGAUGCUGCAAAUGUUUCCUUUCGGCAUGUUAAAAUGAUGGUCUCUGGUUAUUCCAUUAAGAUGUCAACUGACUGGAGUGACAAGGUUAUGGUAAACGGUCUGCUAAUGCGUCUCCCAUCCGUGUUGAGCCGAGGUAAAGUAAAGCUCUACAUGACUGGACUCUCAAAGUGUAUAGAGACUGAUUUUGGCGUCAUUGUGACACACCGCUCUGAUGUCCUGACUGUUCAAAUGCCAAGGAUCUUCUCUGGUAAUCUGUGUGGCCUGUGUGGCAACUUCAAUGCUAAUCCAGAAGAUGAUCUGAUGCCUGAUGGCGAAUCUGAUAUCGCUCAGGCUGUUAGACACUGGCGGACCAGCAGUGAACAUGAAUGUGUGGACGUGCCUAUGAACACCUUGGGGUGCAACUCACAAGAUAUGGCUCUUUAUCAGGGAAGAGAUUUCUGUGGACGGCUGCUGGAUACAGAGGGAGCGUUCCAGAGCUGCCAUGAGACUAUUGAUCCACAAGAUUUUUAUGAGAACUGUAUUCACGACCUCUGUUACAGUAACCAGACUACCCUGUGUGUUAUUCUAUCCAGCUAUGUUGCUGUAUGUCAAGAAAUGGGAGCUAUAGUGGAUGAAUGGAGGACCUCCAACUUUUGUGAUCUCUCCUGCCCACCUAACAGUGAAUAUCACCUGUGCUCCAGUCACCUGUCUGACUGUGUAGAAAACCCAAGUCCUCUAGCAGUGAAAUGCAAAGAGGGCUGCUUCUGCAAACCUGGGCUUUUCCACAGCGGUGGCAAAUGUGUACCAAAUCCUGAGUGUGGCUGCACUUACAAUGAUGUUUACCAUGAAAUCCAUGACAGCUUCUACUCUGAUGAGCACUGUCAGCAGCACUGUGUCUGCGUGAGCCACAACAAAGUGCAAUGUACCAACCACACAUGUCCAACCGGAACAAAAUGUGCCAUCCAAGAUGGCCACAGGGCAUGCCAUGCUUCACAACCAGUUAAAUGCACUGUCAUGGGCGGCAGACACUUCAGGAGCUAUGAUGGACAUAGCUUUGACUUUAAUAUGGGCACCUGCCGUUACGUUCUAUCCCAGAUUUGUGACGAAGAGUCUGACCUCACUGUUAUUAUCCAGCAAGGACAGCUGUACCUCAGGGUCCAUGGUGUGAACAUGUCAUUAGAGAUGGAUAAUUUGGGAAAAAUAAAGAUUGAUGGUGUCUUGUGGGGUCUUCCUGUGCAGCUGGAUCACAUAGCAGUACUUCAUUCUGGCUUGCUGACUCGCGUUGUCGUAGACACUGGAGUUGUUGUCACUUAUGGGCCUCACAUGGUAGAAAUAGAGAUUCCUGCCUCCCAUAAAAAAAUGUGCGGCUUGUGUGGAAGCACCAGCGCCGUUGGUACAGAUGACAAGCGCAGCCCAAAUGGCAGCCUCUUGAGUGGCAUUUCUGUUUUUGCAUCUUCCUGGUCACGUUCACCACCUGGAACAAACUGCUCAGAAGAAUGUGAUUCCUGUUCAGCCUGCAACUCUACCAUGGCAGCUGAAUUUGCAUCUGAUGACCUGUGUGGCACGCUGCGUGCUCCUGCAGGAUCAUUUAGUGGCUGCCACUCCACAGUGGACCCACAACCCUUCUUUCAGAAUUGUGUCAACGACUUGUGUAUGUCUAAUGGGAAUGAAGCUUUGUUUUGCAGUAGUUUGCGAGAGUACACUUUUGCAUGCCAGGAGGCAGGAGCUAAAGUAAAACCAUGGAGGGGUGAGAAGUGCUUGCUCUCAUGCCCUGAAAACUCUCACUACAAUAUAUGUGUCAGUGCGUGCCCUGAGUCCUGUGGUAUGUUAUUCGAUAUCCCCUGCCCGUGGGCCUGUUAUGAGGGAUGUCAAUGUGACUCUGGAUACAUGCAGAGUGGAAAUGGCUGUGUCAAAGCUGAGAAAUGUGGUUGCUUCUACCAUGGCCACUACUAUGAGAUCGGGGAAAUGUUAUGGGCUGAGGGAUGCUCUGAGCGGUGUAACUGCUCUGCCACUGCCACCAUGUGCUGCGAGCCAGCGUCUUGCCCUGAGGGAGAGAGCUGCACCCACAACAAUACCUGGGGCUGUGCAAGGAAAGAUGAUAAUAAAAUCUGUGUGACUGGAAAGACUUGUGGUGUCCAGAGCCAACCUCAGCAAACCCAGUGUUGGGUACUGGGAGGCGCCCACUUCUACACUUUUGAUGGAAAGGUGUUUGAAUUCCAAGGAAACUGCACCUAUACACUGAUCCUACUGACAGGCACCAAUGACAAUGAUACCUUUUGGGUCGGGGUACAGAAAGACAGGACCCCCAACGAGGCUUCCUCUCUUAAAGCUAUUCACGUCAACGUGUCGAAUGACAAUAUUGCUAUCUACAGAGGGGAAAAAGGCUAUGCUUGGAUAAAUGGUGAGAAAAAGCUGCUUCCUAUGACUCUACAGUUUGGACUUGUGAAGGUUUAUCAGAGUGGCACGUUUGUUGUUGUGGAUACAAGUCUGGGCAUCCAAAUUAAGUAUGACUGCUCUCAUAUUGCCACCAUCCUCCUCCAUAAUACAACAAAAGUCCAUGGCAUGUGUGGCAAUAAUAAUGGCAUCGAAGAAGAUGACCUCAGGACCCCGCAGGGUGAGGAUAUCGAUGCUACAACGUUUGGCUGGAGCUGGAGAAUUCCUGGUCAGGAAGCUCGGUGCACAGCAGAUUGCGGAGAUGCAUGCCCACGCUGCUCUGCUGAACAGCUACAAGAGAAACGCGUAGCCAAUCAAUGGCUCUCCCUGCACGAGUACAUUUGGUCACCACAAAAUCCAUUUCACUCGUGCCGUGAGGUUGUUAGCUACGCUAAAAUCUCCACAGCAGUGAACAUAUUUGACCUGUGCUCUAGUAAUGAUGCUCAGAAAGCCCUCUGCCGGAUCUUGGAGGCCUAUGCUGCCGCCUGCCAAAAUGCCCUGGUUCAGAUCGGAGAGUGGAGGAAUAGCACCUUCUGUCCGAUGUCCUGCCCGCUGAAUAGCCAUUAUAGGUCCUGUGGCACAGCUUGCCCUGCCACGUGUCAGGACCCAUUCGGUUCAAGGUCCUGCACACUGGCUUGUGUGGAGACCUGCCAGUGCGACUCAGAGUUUGUCCUGGAUGGCAACACCUGCGUCCCCUUGUCCCAGUGUGGCUGCACUCACAAUGGCUACCAUUACCACAGCAACCAGACCUUCUGGUCGGAUGAGAAAUGCACUGAACAGUGCGUUUGUGACCCCCACACCCACCAACUACGAUGCUAUUCGGCUUCUUGUGGCCCAGAAGAAUACUGCGGCCUUCAAGAUGGUGUCAGAUGCUGCGUGCCGUACCCUCAGCGAACAUGCAUGUACACUGGUCAUCACAUUGUCACCUUUGACCAGCAUGACUACGAUUUCCAUGGCACCUGUUGGUAUCAGCUAGCCGGUGUGUGUGGACAGAAGCAAGGCCUUGAAGCCAUUCAGAUUUACAUACAGACUGACGGACACCUGGAGUCAGCACACCAUGCCCUGGUCAAUGUGAGUGGAGUGCUUGUGAAGCUAAACAGCAAAAACACUGAGACUGUAGAGGUCAAUGGUGUCAGGAGGAGCAUGCCCUAUCACUUCGGCCCCACUGCACUGGUGUUCUCUUUGGGGCUGCACACUUACAUCUACAAAGAUGAGGGCUUUGAAUUUAGUCUCAGUGUAGAUGGCAUAGUUAGUGUAAGCCUCUCCAGCAAAUACGCUAAUUCUACUUGUGGCCUGUGUGGUAACUUCAACUCUGAUCCUGCUGAUGACCUCACCGCAAAUGGCACUCAGGAGCAUCUCAGUCCUGAGCGUUUUGGAAAAACUUGGAGAAGUGGGCAGAAUCCUUGGUGUGUGGAGGGCUGUCUAGGAGGAAGUUGUCCAAAAUGUUCAUCUGAGCGUCUGGUUCGCUUCUCUGACCCGGAGGCUUGCGGGAAGAUUCUGGAAGUUAAUGGACCAUUCAGACACUGUCAUGGCAAAGUGGACCCCUCCAGCUUUUACAAGCGCUGCGUCAGUGACCUGUGUCUUCAUGGAGGUCUCCAGCCUGCCCUGUGUCACUCCCUGGCAGAGUAUACGGCGGUCUGCCUUUCCCGCAAGGCUACAGUUUUCGCCUGGAGGAGUCCUGGAUUCUGCUACCCGUCCUGUCCCUCCAGUACCAGUUACAACAUGAGUUCUGCCUCUGUUCACCUCUGCCUCGGCUGGCAGAAUAAAACAGUAGAGGUGCCUCCAAACACUGGGGAGAAUUGCCAAUGUGAAGCAGGUUUAGUUCGCAGCGGCAGCCUCUGUGUCUCUCCAGAAAACUGUGGCUGCUUUCAGCAUGGAGAAUACCUCAGGGCAGGACAGGAGGUGUCUACAUGCGAACAAAGCUGUUUAUGCCACGCUGGAGGACACAUGACUUGUCGUAAUGUCUCCUGCAGAGAGGAUGAGGAGUGUAAGCUUAUUAGGGGUGUUCAAGGUUGCCAUCCCAAACCGAAAGUGGCACACUGUUCUGUCGAUGCGUCCCAGUACACCACGUUUGAUGGACAGGCGUUUGAAUUUCACGGUUCAUGUAACUACACCCUGGUGCAGACGUGCUCUCUCAAGAAACUGGAUAUGGAGCCCGUUUUGAUAGCUGCACAGGGCAGCCGUAGUGAGGGCAGACAGAUCUACCUGCAAGUUAAUAAAAAGUAUUUAAAGGCAUCAGCAGCUUUUCCGGGAAAAAUUCAGGUGAAUGGAGUUUAUGAGAACCUGCCUUUCUCACAGAACAAUGUCACUGUGCAUCAGAAAAAUGGAUGGAUAACCAUUAAGGCCCCACAGUCAGUCGAGGUUAUUUCAGACCUACAAAACCACAUCCGGGUCAAGAUCUCUGACCUUUUCCACCAGUCAACCUGUGGCCUUUGUGGGAACUACAACGGCAAUCCGUCAGAUGACCUGCAGCUGCCCAAUGGCACUGUGAUCUCUGAUCCUGGCGUGUUUGGGCCAUCAUGGAAGCUGUCAGAUAGUGAAUCAUCCUGCAGCGACACAUGUGACAGUACCUGUGAACUCUGUCAGUCCCCUCUGCCAGAGUAUACCUCUGAACUGUACUGUGGCCUUCUCACCCAUCCCAGCGGACCCUUCUCUUCUUGUCACCAGUUGGUGUGUCCAUGUAAAUACUACCCCCUCUGCAUGAAAAACCUUUGUGUUGCAGAAGGACAACGCUGGGCCCUGUGUGAUGCACUCUGGGCCUAUGAGGCAGCAUGUAAGGAGGCAGGAGGGAUAGUUGACCCCUGGACGAACGCCACAGGCUGUGCUUAUCAGUGUCCUCAGUUCAGCCACUACAGCCACUGUGCCAAUGCCUGCUCCUCACUGUGUCCUGAGAUAAGCCAGGCGGUGCAGUGCCCCGGGGACUGUGAGGAAGGUUGCCAGUGUAAUACUGGACACCUUUAUGAUGGCCGUGCCUGUGUACCAGCAGAGCAGUGUGGCUGCGCACAGGACGGAAGGAGGUUUAAGCCCUCUGAGAGCAAACUGCAGCAGAACUGCACUGUUAACUGUACUUGUGGGCCUCCUCUUGUCUGUGAGCAACAUUCAUGUCCUCCACUGCACAGCUGUUUAGUUUCAGAUGGAAUCAUGGGUUGCCACAAGGAUGAGCAAAACCCAGAUCCGUGCGAGGGAAAGUGUGAUGAAACGGAGAAGUGUUACUUGAGCAGCGGCAUGCCUGUCUGCGAAAGCCGGCAGGGUCUGUGCUGGGCCUGGGGAGGCCAGCACUACCACACCUUCGAUGGGCUCAACUUUAACUUUGAGGGUACCUGUACCUAUCUGCUCAUAGCCAGCAAAGGAGCAGCAUAUGAUCUGGCACCCUUUAAUGUGUCCAAGAAGAGUGACUGCAAUGGCAGCAGAGCCGUGUCCACCGUACAGGUGGUCACUGUACAAGCUCAUGGGUUCAUCAUCAAGCUCGGCGGUGAAAAGGGCAGCAUACAUGUUAAUGAUCAAGUGACUUCUAUUCCUGUUAAUCUGUUACGGGGUAAGAUCCAGGUCUCUUACAAGGAAGGCAAAGUUCAACUGACAACCGACUUUGGCUUGUAUGUAGUCUUCGAUGGGAACGCCACUGUUCUUGUUACGCUGGACCCACACUACAGGGGCAAAGUCUACGGGCUGUGUGGCAAUUUCAACGGGGAUCGGCAAGAUGAGCAUCCUGUAAAUAAGUCUGGUCCCUCUCCCGCAAAGACAAGCGUGGAGCUCGCUCAAGCUUACCAGCUCUUUGAUGGGGACCAUAACUGUUGUACUGGCUGUAAGCAGAGCUUGGGUGAAGUGACGGUGCGUCCAGAUCUUGUCUCUGAGGUCGUCUCUAGUCACAGGAGGCAGUGUGCUGUGCUCAGUGGUCAGAAUGGUCCGUUGGCGCACUGUCACAGUCGAGUUGAUCCAGAGUCCUUCUAUGAAGGUUGUGUAGUUGACCACUUGCAUAAUGAAGGGUCAGAAGUUCUUCACCAAGCCAUACAUUCAUAUUCCAUAGUUUGUGAAGAAGCUGAUCGCUUCCACAGUGACGUGACAGUUGAUGUGCACUGUCCACCGAACAGCCACUACAAGACCUGCGGCUCAGCCUGUCCCUCAUCCUGUGAAUUUAAUGCCACCAUCUGCAAUAAGGCCUGUGUUCAGGGCUGCUUCUGUAACCCUGGAUUCAUAAGGAGUUCAAGUGGCUGUGUGCGUCCACAUCAGUGUGGCUGCACAGACUCCAGAGGCAAAUACCACAGCCUCAACUCAACUUUCUGGACACCGGACAACUGUGGCCAGCUCUGCACCUGUGGACCGGCUACUGGGGAGGUCCACUGCCGUCCAGCCCAGUGCCCCAGAGGAAUGCUCUGCAAGCAACUACAUCACAAGAGGGUGUGUCAAGCUGAAAAACCCCAGAACUGUACCAUUGUUACUGGGCUGCAUUUCACAACCUUCGAUGGAUAUCAUUUCGACUUUAGAGACAGUUGUGCAUAUUCAUUAGUACAAACCAAGUCCAACCUAACUGGACUUACACCAUUCAGUAUCACUAUCUCUGGCGCAAGCUGCCACAAAAGGCUUUUUCAUAGCCUUAACUUAACACUCUCGAUCUAUGGUUUGGAGGUGAUAGUGAGAAAAGAUGAGCCAGGAAAGGUUUUGUUUGACGGACUGUCUAAGCCCUUACCGUACUCACACCAGACAGGCCGUGUAAAUGCAUACCGCACACCUUCAUCGCUCACCAUUCACACUGAUGUAGGAUUACAGCUGAUCGUCUACAACAUCGGCACUCUGAUGGUCAUCCUUCCCAGCAGUUACAGCUCUUCUGUCGCUGGUCUUUGCGGGAACGCCAAUGCUGACCCUAAUGACGACCAAAUGAUGCCCAAUGAAGAGCUUGCCCAAAAUCGACUGGAAUUUGCCCACAGCUGGAGGUCUCAGGAAGCACAGGCCUGUAGGCCCAACUGUUCUUCCAAGCUGAAGCACUGCCCCGCUGAGGCCCAGAAGCUGUUUGAAGGCAGUGAUUUUUGUGGAGUGCUGUUGAAUGAGCUAGGACCAUUCGCAGACUGCGCCUCAGUGUUGAGUCCCAAGCAUUACUUCCACAGCUGUGUUGCAGAUUCCUGCUCUCAUGGCGGACACUACUCGGCGCUCUGCAAUUCCGUUGCAUCUUACGCAGCUGCCUGCCAAGCUGCUCGGCUGCCCGUCAGGCAGUGGAGGAGUGACACUUUCUGUGGUGUGUCAUGCCCUAAGAAUAGCCACUAUGAGCUGUGUGGACCACGAUGUCCUGUUGUGUGCCUUGGACUGUCCUCUGCAGCAAAAUGUAGUGGAGGUUGCGAGGAGGGUUGUCAGUGUGACCCUGGCUACGUACUGAGUGAUGGCCAGUGUGUGCUUGUUUCUGACUGUGGCUGCAUGCAUGAGGGACAGUAUCACCCUGCUGGCCACUUCUACUCUGAGAAAAGCUGCCAAAAGUGUGACUGUGAAAAAGGACAAGUGACCUGCAGCGCCAUGGAGAACUGCUCAGUACAAGGUGGCCUCUCCUUGCAGUAUGGGGUGUGCCAGGUGUUUGCUGGGUUUGGCUACAUCACUUUUGAUGGAGUCAUUCUGCCUCACCACGGAGCUUGCACCUACGUAGUGUCAGCCCUCUCUUCUAAGGCUAUACAUAAUUAUACUCUGCUACUUAGCUUUAAAAAGGAGAGGAAUGGCAUUUUUGCCAUCAGCAGACUAGUGUUUCAUUUGCUUUCACUGAAAGUGUCCAUUGACCCUGAAACUCUAUGGAAAAUAGAAGUGAACCGAGAAGAACGCAGCGUGCCUUUUGACAGUGGGGAACUUAAAGCAUACCAAGCUGGCAACAGACUGAUUAUGGUCACGCGGUCUGGGGUGGAAAUCGACUUGUCCUCUACACAAUACCUCAGGUUAACUGUACCGCAGGUACAUGACGGCACAGCAUCGGGCCUGUGCGGGAACUUCAAUGGAGACGGGUAUGAUGACUUGGAGCUGAGAAAAGGUCAUCUUGCCCAAACCUUUUCGGAGCUUCUGCACAGCUGGGCAGAGGUAGAGCCUCCUGGACAGCAUUGCACUGACACUUGUGGGAGAGAGUGCGAGGAGUGCAGCCUGACCCCACACGACAGCAUGAUCUGUGACAUCCUGCUGAUGAGAAGUGUUGCAUUGAACCGUUGCUCAAACAGUGGGGUGGAGCGUGACAUUUACGUACGUAUGUGCAUUAGGGCAGUGUGUGCUGGGGCAGGGCACAUGGCUGCAUGUCUUGCACUAGAAGCAUAUUUAGCAGCCUGCCAGUCUAAAGGAAUUCAAGUAGGAAUGUGGAGAGAGAACACUCCCUGCGCUUUGCAGUGUCCCGACCGCAGCAGCCCAGGAGGGUGCGUUGAUUCCAGCUCCAACUCAUGUCCUGCUUUGCUGCAGCCUGGUUCGUCAGCAACUGGCUGUACAGAAGGCUGCCAGUGCCACUAUGGAAACGUUUUUGAUGGGGCUGAGUGUGUACCUUACAAUCAGUGUGGGUGUGUUCUUCAUGAUAUAUAUAUCAAGAUGGAUGAGCAACUUUACAUUGAGGACUGCACCCAGAGAUGCUGGUGCCACCCUCUGAGUGGGGUGAUAUGUGAGCAGGCAGGCUGCGGUCCAGGACAGCAGUGUGCUCUGAGGAAUGGUUCCUGGGGCUGCCACGACAGACCUGACGCUUGCGAGCUCAGGGCCGGCCUCCAGGUCUCCACACUCAGCGGGCAGCAGCUGAUCUUGGAACCUCGGUUUUCUUACAGCCUGAUGUCACUCUGCAAUGAGGCGAGCGUGCAGUGGUUCAGCGUGGUCUCUUACCACGGACCUUGUGAUGGCAGCUCUUCCAGGCUCGUCACUGUGUUUCAAAUCCUCCUGCGCGAAUCAUCAUUUACCGUACAGGAUGGCACCGUGAAGGUGAAUGGACACUUUGUGUCCCUCCCUCACAUUUUGCCAUCAGGGGUGUCCCUGUCCUCUGGUGUGAACCAGGACAAGUCAGAGGUCAUAGUGGUCCUGAGGAGAGACGCUGGCAUGGAGUCAGAGCUGGAGAUAGAAAUUGGUAUUACCAUGCUGACAGUCAAAGUCCCUCUCUGGUACUCGGGGAAGUUGUGUGGUCUCUGUGGAAACCUUAAUGACCUCCACUCUCACAGUUCAGUCAGGUCAUGGGUUCUCCCUGACUUUCCUGUGGCUUUACUGGAUGAUGGCUGA